UGCAAUGAUUUCUUAGUACAUGUGCCAAACGUAUUGGUGAACCUUCCCUCUAAAUAAACAGACUGCAAAAGACCUGAGGGGAUGAAUAAACAGAAAGACAGACAGGAGACAGAAUAGAGUUAGGUGACGGGGAGGGCAAUGUGCUGACCAAUCAGCGAGCACGGAGGCUUAAACCUUCAGUACCUGCAGCCUUUUGUUAUCGCUUGUGCUCUGAGUCUCAGACAGAGUGUGAGACUCGUCUCCGUUUUCACUUCCUCAUAACGGAACAAUCGCAGAGCAUUUAGUGUCAGUACCAGCCGGAGAGACACGCACAGUGCGACAGGACCUCAGCCAUGAUUCACCCCCGGACUCUCAGAGUAGACUAUGGACAAACUACAAGCGUCAUAUGCGUGGUGGGCUCGGAGCUUAAUGUCAACCUGAACAGGAGUGCCCCUCCCAGCUCCAAGUUCUUCUCUGUGAAGUGCACCUCCAAUGUUCAGUACAGCAUCAGCCCGCCGCCUCAGGAGACGUCCCACCUCUCCCCCAUCCCUCUCAAUGGAAACUCUGUACUACUCAUCAGCAUGAACCAAGCCAGUCAACAUGAAAAUGAUAGCAAGCUGUCUGUCCGGUACUAUGGGGAGAAUAAAGAGGUUUUGGGGAAAGCAGUCCUGCAUCUGACAGCUGUUGAAAUAUCUCUGGAUGUGGAUGCUGACAGAGACGGUGUUGUGGAGAAGAACAACCCUAAUAAGGGAUCCUGGAAGUGGGGUCCUAAUGGACAUGGAGCCAUCCUAUUGGUCAACUGUGACUCAGAGCGGACCUACUGGAAGAAACCAGAUAGCGAGAAGGACCACGUCUACAAAGUGUCAGAUCUGAAGGACAUGUCUCUCAUGGUGCUGAGAACCAAAGGGCCAGCCAAGCUCCCAGAGGGAUACAAGCUCACCAUGCACAUGUCUCAGGGGGACGCAGAGAGUGUCCGAGUCUUCAUGACCAGGACCACUGGAAUCAGGAACAAUGCACUGCAGAAACUCCUCUAUGAGUCCUUCACGAAGGACUAUCCACUGGUGCUGAGCAGUGAGGUGCUGUCCCAGGAGGUGCCGUACCUCGGAGGCGAAGCAGAGAUGAAGUUUUAUGUGGAGGGUCUCAGGUUUCCUGACAAAGACUUUGAUGGACUCAUCAGCAUCAACCUCAGUCUGUUGGAGCCCAUCAGUGCGGGUCUCCCUGAGACGCCUAUCUUCACAGACACAGCCAUGUUCAGAGUGGCACCCUGGAUCAUGACACCCAACACUCUCCAGCCUUUGGAGGUGCUUGUCUGCAGCACUGCUGAUAACUACCAGUUCCUCAAAGGAAUGAGGAACCUUGUUGCAAACAGCGGAUACAAGCUUAAGAUUUGCCACGAGUAUGUGAACAGAGGAGAUCGCUGGAUGCAGGAUGAGCUGGAGUUCGGCUACAUUGACUCACCUCAUCACCGGUUUCCUGUUGUUCUGGAUUCCCCUCGAGAUGGAAAACUCCAGGAUUUUCCAUAUCAUGAACUACUGGGCCCAGACUUUGGCUAUGUGACGAGGGUGGCUGAGAGAGAAGAUGUGAGCAGUCUGGACUCAUUCGGUAAUCUGGAGGUUAGUCCUCCCGUCACUGUGAACGGGAAAAACUACCCCCUGGGCAGAAUCAUCAUUGGAGUGGCCUUCCCUACGGCAACCAAAGGAAGGAACAUGACCAAAGUAGUCCAAGACUUCUUGUGGGCUCAGAAGGUUCAGGAGCCCAUCGCCUUGUUCUCCGACUGGCUCCUUGUCGGCCAUGUAGAUGAAUUCAUGACUUUUGUUCCUGCGCCUGACAGAAAGGGCUUCCGGCUGCUGCUGGCCAGCCCAGAUGCCGGCUACAAACUAUUCAGAGGCUUACAGAAUAAUGGACACGGACAGGGCAAACUGUUUGAGGGUCUUAAAGAUGAAGAACCAAUAACAGUGGAUGAGAUACUGAAUGAUGAAAAUCUCCAAGCUGAAAACAACUAUGUACAGAGCUGCAUCGACUGGAACAGAGAUGUGCUGAAGAGAGAGCUGGGCCUGGACGAUGAGGACAUUAUCGACCUGCCCAUCCUCUUCAAGUUAGAGACAGAGGAUGAGUGUGGGACCACCUACAGAGCAGUGGCUUACUACCCCGACAUGGUGAACAUGAUUGUCCUGGGGAAAAAUCUGGGCAUCCCGAAGCCUUUUGGCCCCAAGGUGAACGGACGCUGCGCCCUGGAGACUGAGAUGUGCUCCCUGAUGGAGGGCCUGGGCCUCAGCUGCACGUUCAUCGACGACUUCGCCUCCUACCACAAACUGCUGGGAGAGGUGCACUGCGGCUCCAACGUCCGCAGGGAAAUGUUUGACUUCAAGUGGUGGAACCUGGAGAUGUGAACGUAGACUGAACAGUGGGUGUAGAUAAGUUAGAGGGGCUUGAGGGGUUGCAAAACACUAGAUUUUGAAAGAAAAUAUUAGCACAUUGACCUAACUUUUUGUCAGAAGAGAUAUCUUUCUUGUCAAAGCCUUACAGUAGCUCUAAAGGCAUGAAAUGCAUCAUUUUCUGCUUAAUCAUUUUGCAGCAUAUGCCACUUUUUCUCCAAAGUACUUGCACAGCAACCAUCAUCACUAAGGAAGAAUUACUCCAGGCAUGUGAUCUAUUAUGCAUCUUCAUCUUUAUUAAACAUUUUUGUUGGCUUUAUUUACAAAAAGGAUGUAAAGCAAUAUUUACAAACAUGUCUUUUGAACAAGGGCUUAAGCAGACUGUUGACAAUAACAUAAAUACAAUCAUUUGAAUCGAGCACAUAGAAGAUUCGCUCCCAAUCUUGUUGUGGUUUGGGCCGUCAGUUGGCAUACAGUGCAAGCACAGUUAGAUGAAUGGUACCACAUGUUGAUGUGCUAUAAUAAUACAUAGCCACAAGAGGGCGCUCUUCAUCUACUCAAGCAUUUCCACAAGUCCAGAGGAAAAUAAUUUCAAAUCGCUUCUUUUCAUGAACCAAAUUAAAGGGCUGCAAUACACAUUUGUGUACCAAAAAAUGUAUCUUUAUAUGUUUUCUAUGCCAUAUUUCUGUAAAGUCAAAUGCAAAAUAUUGUGAUUUGUAGCUAUAAACAGCUUGAUGGAUACAGUGUUUUGCAUUUGGUCCAGUGUCUUAAACCUUUUGUACUUUUACAAAGUGUAAAUGCUGUCUUUAAUUCACCCUCGACAACAAAUCUCAUGUCUGCUUCAGGCAUAUCGCUGAAAUAAAACAACUCCAUGUAUCAUUUUUUCCCUUCAUAAUAAACUGAA